CAAUGAUCGCCUCUAUCACAUUCACUGUGGGAUCUGUACAGGAGCAGAGGUGGACAAUAUGGGGGAGGAACCCGAUGUCACGGUCACCUUUGAAGGUUUUGAAAUUACAUGCAGUCCACCUGGUUCUGAUAUUGAGGAUAAGGAACAAAACAUAGAAAAUUAACCUCUACAUGCUUAAGAGAUGGAAGAUUUCAUGAUACAGAUGAUGUGAUAGGUCAAGCAGUUGAUGAUGCAGGCGUGCAGAGGUUGAUACUGAUACUGGGGGAGCAGGCUAAUCUGGUGAAGUAUGGCUCUGAGAACAAGCAGAAGUCAAACCACAGCUACACUUACAGUGGGAGAUAUUCCUCCUCUUCUAUCAUACUGCAUUUGCUGGAAUAUGAGGGACCACAGAUAUUUCCCUGUCAACUAUGCAGAUACAAAGGUGUUUCAUUCCAAAGCUGGUGGAAAACAAGGCAAAUCACAACACUCCAAAAAUCACAUCCAUUCAACACAGUACUCCAAGAACACAGCAUUUGAAUACAACAGUCCUGCAAACAAAUCAGUUCAUGUCAGGUUCAACCCAUGUGACAAUUUCUUGGAGACAUACAAGCUGAUAAAGUCCCACUGCAACGAACAUUUCGGUGGUGGGGUGUACAAAUGCAGGAAGUGUCACAAGAUGUUCAGGCUGUUUCCAGACCUCAACACAGCAGAGAGACAUGUUCGCAUCACCAAAGAGGAACCUAGAAGGGAUAAGUGUGGGGGUGAUCAUUGACUGCUUUUUGUCUGAGACUUCCAAAAAGCAGUCGCAGUAUGUCUGUAUGGCAUUAUCACUAUCAAAGAACCUCAUAACUAUGACUUCAAUAUCACCACAAAGCACACAGCAUGUUAUAAGCUGUCUGUUAAAAAAAAAAGGCAGACAGAUGUUGAUGAUCAUUGUAUCAUGUUGAGACAUUGUAAGUAUGUAAAGAUAAUAUAACAGAGAAAACAA